AAAACAUUCCAUUUUUCCCCCUUUGUUCUUCUCUCUAGCAACUCAUAAAGUUAUCUAAAUAGUAUUUCCUAUUUCUUUCAACUAGUAAUACAUUUUUUUCAUUAACUCGUGGGCUAUAGACUAUGCCUUCUCGGAUCGCAGAUUCUUUUAGAGCUCACUCUCAAAAACACUUGGAUUUGAACUCAAUAAAAGAAUUGCCAGAAUCCCAUGCAUGGACAUCAUCAAAUGAUUAUCCUUCAGAAAAUUCAUGUAACUUCGAGUCUAUUCCAGUUAUCGACCUCAACAACAACAACAACAAUAAUAUUAAUAUUCUUGAACAUAUAGGUCAAGCAUGCAAAAAAUGGGGUGCAUUCCAAAUCAUAAACCAUAAUAUAUCAGAGAGGCUACUUCAAGAUAUUGAAUUGGCAGGAAAAAAUCUCUUUUCGCUCCCAAUGCAGCAAAAGCUUAAGGCUGCUCGUUCUCCUGAUGGUGUAACUGGCUAUGGCGUGGCUCGCAUUUCUUCUUUCUUUUCAAAGCUUAUGUGGUCUGAAGGAUUCACCAUUGUUGGCUCCCCACUUGAACACGCUCGUCAAAUUUGGCCUCACGAUUACCAGAAUUUCUGUGACGUAAUAGAAGAAUACGAAAGGGAAAUGGAAAAGCUAGCUGGAAGACUGAUGUGGCUUAUGCUUGGGUCAUUGGGGAUAACUAAGGAAGACGUGAAUUGGGCCGUAGGCCCAAAAGGAGAAUCCAAAGGAGGAAGUGCGGCCCUACAACUGAAUUCUUACCCGGCAUGUCCGGAUCCGGAUCGGGCCAUGGGUCUUGCUGCACAUACGGAUUCUACCAUAUUAACAAUCCUUCACCAAAACAACACAAGUGGUUUACAAGUUUUCAAAGAAGGGAGUGAUUGGGUCACUGUCCCUCCAUUCCCUGGUGCAUUAGUAGUUAACGUAGGUGACCUUUUACACAUACUAUCAAACGGGUCGUACCCGAGUGUACUACAUCGGGCCGUUGUGAACCGGACGCGACAUCGCCUUUCUGUUGCGUAUUUAUAUGGUCCACCGUCAGGGGUGAAAAUUUCACCCCUCGCAAAAUUGGUGGACCAAAGGCACCCUCCAUUGUAUAGGGCAAUAACAUGGAGUGAGUACUUAGGCACUAAAGCCAAGCAUUUUGACAAGGCACUUUCAUCUGUACGGCUUUGUGCCUCUCUAAGUGGAUUUGCCGAUGCCAAAGAUCAUAAUGGCGUGCAAGUUGGCUAAACUGAAUAAAGACAAAUUA